ACCCAUAAUUCAGAAUAGGAUAGAAAGUGUAGAUCUUUCAUCAUGCCUACUUCACGUCUGCCUGUUCUAGCAAAGAGGCUUGUUUUCUUCGGUGCUGCACAAGUUGGCAAGUCAGCAAUCAUCAGACGUUUCAUCAGCCAAUCUUUCUCAGAACAUUACACCCCAACAGUUGAAGAUAUGUUCGAGAGGCCGAUUGACUACCAAGGCAAAGAGAUAAAACUACAAAUUCUUGACACCGGUGGCAGCUUUUACUUUCCAGCAAUGCAUCAACUGGCUCUUAACAAUGGUGAUUUAUUCGUCGUCGUUUACUCAACUGAUGAUACCUCGUCUUACCAUAAAGCUCUUGAAACCUGCGAUGAAAUAGCAAAAACGAGAGGUCCCGGAAUGCCCAUCGUGGUCGUUGCCAACAAGAAUGAUCUUGGAAGACGUGUUGAACAGGCUGAAGCUGAACUUAUGUUUUGUCAGUGGAACACAUAUCAAAUGGAAAGCUCUGCCAAAGAAGAGGACUCGAUCGAAGAAAUCUUCAUAAGAAGUCUGUCCUUAAUAUGUGCCAUGGAUUUCAACUCACCAAAAGAUUCUUCGCCCAUGGUAUGCAGUGUUCAAAGAAAGAGAGGAUCAAGUUUUUUAACAAGGAUUCGAAGUUUAGCCAGAAAGAUGACCAAUUUCCCAAACUGACCACUUAUUAUUGAGUUGAUCUAUUGAGACGCAGAAGAAACUUUCUUCUGAGAAGUGACAUUCGAAGCAGUGGACUGAUAAGUUGUGAACUCACGAUUUACGU